AUUUGUAUUAACGUGUUUAAAAUUUAAAACUGUAAUUAUAUAAAAACAAUAUUUGUAAAAAUAAAUACAAGCAUGAACGAAGAAAAUCAAGCUGGACCCGCAAACUGGAUGACUCGGCAUCCCAUGUAUCAGGAGCUGAUGGAUCUGGGAGUAGGUGACAGUGCUCAGGUUUACACGGCGUUCCUGGUUUAUCUGGAUUUGACAGAAGGUCGUGGUUGGAGGGACGUAGUUGGAGUAUCUUGCCCCGAAGUGCGGGCAGUUCUGCUGGAGGGCCGUGAAAAGGAAGAGGACGCGCUUCAGGUGGUUUAUCCACUUCCUGCACACCGAAGCGUCAGCCACAGAGAUCUAAGGUGCAUUCUGGGACGUGGAAGUCCCAUGCUCCUUUGCGCCGUGGCCUCGGACUCCACGCUGGUGUAUCAGCGGCUGAGCGACGGCCUGGUGACCCCUGACCCGCCUGUAGACAUCAAGGACGUGGGACGCCGACAGCACCGCAAACGGCAACGGCAAACGUGAGCAAGAUGGGACAGUGGCGAGCGGUUAAGGUGGAACGCAGGAUGAUCGUGCAGUUCAGAUAUUUCCACCUUAAAUUCAACACCGGCCUUUAGAUAUUUCCCCCUUAAAUUCUACACCGGUCUUCAGAUGUUUCCACCUUAAUUUCAACACCGGUCUUCAGAUGUUUCCACCUUAAAUUUAACACAGUACAGAUAUUUCCACCUUAAAUUCAACACUUCAGAUAUUUCCACCUUAAAUUCAACACUGAACUGGAUCAAGCCUUUAUUUGGUGCUGCUGUUCUUCUUGUCAAAAAUCAAAUGCAAAACAAGAACACAGAUGUAUGGACACUUAAUGUAAAGCACUAUAUGGCCGAAAGUAUGUGGACACCCCUUCUAAUAGGUUAGUUCAGGUCUUUUAGUCACACUCACUGCUAAUAGCUGUAUCAUUCAACUGAUCGAACAGCUCUGGACUGAAUAUUGGAACAGAGGUGGUUGCUUUCUGAUCCCACAUCAGUGCCACAUUUCGUGGAAAACCUCUCCAGAUGAGGGCAGACUGUUAUAGCUGCAAGCUCACGUUCAAGCGUAAAUGAAGGGAGUCCUUAUCAGAACUGCGAUUGGUCUGCAUCACAACCAUUAACCAACCGGUUUGGCAGCAUCUCUGUGGUGCAUUUCCCGCUGUGAGGAAGUCAGAACCGCUACAGGUCAGAUAAAACCGGAACGGAGACGUGUGUCCAUGGCCGAUGAGUUCAUAAACCUGAAGCACAUCGCCACCGAUUUUACAGCCACAUGAGAACCCAGCGAUGAAUGCAGAAGUGGUUUUGAGUCGUGAGGAACCAACACGCAAAACUACAGGAAAAUAUUACAAUUAAGGCCCCACCUAAUGGUACCUAAUGAGCUUUUAAUAUGUUGUAUGCAAUUCGCUGUAAAAUUCGCUGGGGAAGGGGGGUUCAUGAAGUACAUUAAGCCUCGAAUCGUCGCUGGAUGUUCUAGGUUUACAUUCAACUAUUAGGGUAGCUGUGCUGUGUUACAGCUUCUAUUUAUUCUAUCAUUUAAUUAGUAGGGGUGUGAUUUAAUUUAACUGUUGCGAAAUGUGACUUUUUUUCUUUAAAAAUCCAUAAAAUUAGGCAAAUUUUCUGUGUAAAACAUGACGUUAAAAUCCUAAUAAACAAACAACCAAUUCUGUGGACGCAGGAAGGACUGCUAAGGUAGCUGUACUGUGUGUUGUAGCUUCGUUUAUUUUAUCAUGUAAUUUACGAGUGUGCUUUAAUGACCGCCGUGAAAUCUUUCUUUUGAAAAACAAGGUCUGUAAAAUUCAGCACAUUUCCAGGUCCUAAUUAUAAUGGUCUAAU